CCCUGUGAUGCAGUUGUCCACUGUUCACCCCAUGUGUUCUUUUAGGCAAAUGCAUGUGCCUGCUCAAAAAUUCAAAAUCUUGCAAGCCUGUGGACACAAUGCUGAAGAGACUGAAGAGCGUCAGUAGAUUUACAUGUAGGAAUUUUUCUUUAGGCGUUUAGCGCUCUCUUGUGCAUGAUAUUUUUUUCUCUCGAUUGUAUGCUGCAUGAUUUUUUUUUCUUUCUCCUUGGGUUGCAGGAACUUUUUUUCUAAAUCUUCCAAUCCCCCCCGGCCCCCUCAAAAGUCAAAUGGUCCUAUAAACAAGGCUCUCCUCCUAUGCUCUCCUCGCAGGGUAGGAUCCGAAAUGUUUUAACAUGAAGUAUUGCUCCUGGUUAUAAAAUUCACCGCAGGUGUUUAUAGACGCGGGCUGCAAAACAAAAAAGUCCAAUAUAUAAUUUUUCUUUGAUCAAAAUGGUUUAAAUUUUUAAUUCAUUAUGUUUAUAGUAUGGUGUGUAAUAUUUAUAAGCCUUUUCACUGUCGCUCAGGUAAUAUAAUAUUAGUAUUGAAUUAAAUAAGAUUUGUGGCAUAGUGUACGUAUAAUCACAGUAUAAUCAAACGAUCAGUAACAUACGUAAUAAUUGUAUACAAUUGGUAUAAAAUCUUAUGGGAAAUAUCUUCAUUUUGCUACUUUAAUAAGCAAAUAUUUGUUUUAAAAACGACUAAUUUAAAAACGACUAACUUACUUAAAAACCACUUUGGUUAUUAGUCUGUCCAGAUGGCUGCCCCAAGGCUCUUGCUAAGCCCUUGGUUAUGACUGCAGGUGUAUUUUAUGAUUGACAGACCCAGUAUGGUGACGUAAGAUGUAAAUGUGUAUGUCCAAAAGAUAUGCUUGAACAUAAUGUGGUUGUCAAGUUUGUGACGGUUGACAAUUGGUAGGUCACAUCAUCAUAUAUUACUAGGGGCGGAUCUGGCCUGAUUUGUUAGAGGGGGUGGAGGUUUUCCAAAGGAGGUGCAUUACUACGGGAAUCCGGGGCAUUCUCUCCAAGAAAGUGUUGACAUUUGAAGCCCUGAAAUGCCAUUUCUCGCAUUCUGAGGAUUACGUUUAUUUGUUAUCUCGGGCAAGAAUUAAGAAAAGUGCUAUGUUAUAUGGUGACCUGCCAUAUUUGAAUAUUUUCUUGCAUAUUUGAAAAUCAAUCAUAAUGAUUUAAAAUUUUCAAUAUAAUAAGUAGUAUUCACAACUCAAAUAGGGAAUGCCAGAGUUUUGUUCAAGGAGGUGCUGGACACGACUACGGGGUUGCACACCUGCCCCUCCCUCCCCCCCCACAGAUCUGCCCCUAACAUAUACCCAGUUAUUCCUUCCCCUGACAUUAGUAAAAUCAUCUAGCAUUAGACAGAGCAACAUAGAGUAGCACAUCUUAGGGGGAUUGCAUCUUUAAGAAAAGACAAGCAUUAGAUAGUCUGGUUAAUGAGUACAAGUGCUCUCCCCUUGACAUAUAUAGUAAAAUAAUGUGGUGUUAGACAUAGUAAAAUAAUGUGGUGUCAGAAUAAGUAAAAUAAUAAAGUAGGGCGCAAUGCAACUUAAUAAGUUAAGCGCGUCUGCCCUGGCUCAGAAAUGGGAAUUGCAAUAAUAAUAUUACGCCAAUGUCUUCAGUUGAUAUUUGAUACUAAACAUUAGAGAUAUUCUAUUUUAGUACAUGUAAAAAUUUAAUCAAUUUGAAAGACACUCUUUGUCUGCGAUGCAGAUGUGAGUACGAGGCAAGAAAUACAAUGUUAAUUAAGGUAAUAAUUAAUAAAUAUAUAAUAACUCACAGAGCCUGUAUAAUCUGAAAACAUUGUUGUUUUUAAGCAAUUAUUUCUCUGUAUUUUAGGUGGUGGUGAUAUUUAUAGUGCUUGUAUUGGUAGCUCUGAUUGUCUACAUGAUAGGUUUAAAGGUGUAUUCAUUCUGGAAACCAGAAGAUUUAAGUGUAAGAUCAGAUGUAGUAAGUAUUUUGUUUUCAUUGUAUAUAGCUAGUGAGGAUGUAUAAUUAUGUUAUGUUUCUAGUUGUUAUUUCAAUUUUUGAUAACGUCAAGUAACCUGGCUUGCACCAAUGUUAUAUAUCAUAAGUUGCAGUGACUAUAUUCUAUAUUCUAUUCUACCAAAAAAGUCUAUAGGUGGCCUACAAGAAAUGUUCUAAUUCCCUAUAGAAGCCUUUUAAUUAAGGCACCUAUAUAGCUCAAUAGGCAUUCCUAUAGGUACCUAUAGAAAAUGUCCUAUAAAAACCUAGCUAGUAUAGGUUACCUAUAAGAACCUACAGGUUGCAUGCCUACAGACUUUUUUUGGUAAGGGAUAUUCUAUUGUAUUGUACGAGUACAAUUUUGGCUGAUCUUCAAACAUCAACCGUGCAUGGUUAUAAUCGCAGCCUUUCCACAUGCUAGAGAGGCAGAUCAUUGCUACAUAUGCAAUUAAAUAGUAAUACCUAAACAUGUUCACUUCUGAUACCUUUAAUACCCAUCAAUAUUUGCAGCUUCAGGAGAGACUUAUUCAAAGAUCUAGAACAUUAACACGGCUCGAUAGCACAGUGUCAAAAUGGAAAGAUAGCGUUGAAAAUCAAAGACGUAACGUUUACAAUCAUCACUCAAUGCUUAGCUAGAACUUUUGUAGUUUUGUAAAUAUAUAGUUUGUAAACAAUUAAAAAUUAACUCAAAUAAUUACACACGAGAAUGUAUAAACAUUACAAGUUAGAAUAAAACCAAUAUAAAACAACAAAACUUAUCCUUUGACUAAAAAUUAUUACAAAUGAUUGCAAAUGUGCUUGGACAUUUAAAACUUAGAACAAUGGUCAAACUCAAAGAUUCCAGAUAUUUAUUUCCAUGAUGUACAAGAAAACGUACAGUUUACUGUAGUUGUGCAGUGCCAGUAUGCCACACUGUAACUGACCAUUCUUUUGCUGGACCACACUCAUGUGUUCAGUGUUGCAGUUUGGACUGUUUUGCAGAUUCUACUGUUUGCAGUUUCUACCGUUUUGCAGUUUCUACUGUUUUACCCAAAAAGGCCUUGUAAAGAUACCAAUUUAAUGGAGACUUGCAUGAUCUACAGGUGCAGCUAUGGUAAAUAUUUGUACCAGAAAACAACCAACGAUAUGUGAUGCUCACCGUCUCGGCAUUGUAACUGGUCGAUAGAGAAGUGUUGUUAUAAAUUUCUUCCUGUAUCGAAUACAUGAACUGACCACCAUUACACCAUCCUACAUGAACA